GAGGGCGAUUCCCUUGGGGCGAUGGAGAAGGUUUGUCGUCAGCUGACCUACCAUCUCAGCCCCCACUCUCAGUGGAGGAGACGGAGCCUGCUCAAAAGGAAACCUCAGGCCUGUGUGAAGGCAGUGCUGACGGACCCGCUGUCCACCGGGGCGCUGGAUCUCUCGGGGAUUCCUCUGACCAUUCGAGACAUGGAGCGUCUGUGUGCACACCUGCAGCGCCAUGCGUCCACCGUAGUCAGCUUGGAGCUGGGCUUCACUGAGCUGACAGAUGAGGCAUUCCUCCAGCUCCUCCCCACGCUGGCUUCACUGCCACACCUGGAGACCCUGGCUCUGAAUGGAAACAGGCUGACCAGAGCCAUUCUGAAGGAGCUCACGGAUGCCCUAAAGGAUCCAAACAGUUUCCCGAGUGUGACUUGGAUCGACUUGGGGAAUAACGUGGACAUUUUCUCACUGCCGCAGCCUUUCCUGGUCAGCCUGAGGAAACGAUGUCCCAAGCAGGGCAACUUACCAACCAUCUUAGAGUUCGGAGAGAGCCAGGCCAGCGAUCCCCCGGAAAGACUAAAGGGUGUUGGGGACGAGGAGGAGACGGAUGAUACCAACCGCACUGAAAGUAUGGGUGAGCUCCGGUCAGAGGUGGAGGAGAUGGAUGGAGAGACGGAGAUUGAGGAGAUGAUGGAAGAACUGCUGGACUUUGACAGGGAGGCGCAAGGAAAGGAGUAUGACGAGGAGAGCAUGUGGACCAUAGGAGAUCAUAGGAGAGUAGCAAGGAGGAGCAGGAAACGAAGGUGCGGGGAGGAAGAAGAAAAGGAGAAGGAGGCAUGGAACAGUGAGAUUCAGAAGGAACGCAGGGCCGCAGUGGUGGUGGAUGAGGAUGACACACAGAGCCACUCAUCCCUCCUGUCUUGCUCCAGCCAAUCACAACACUCCUCUAGAGCAGUGGAGCCAAUGAGGGAGUUGGAGGAGGACCUGCGAGGCCAAUCAGACCCUUUCACUUGACUGAUGUUCCCUGACGCGUACGUUUCUCCUCCCGUGUCUCGUCCUGAGUGGACAGAAUGGUUGUCUGAGGGAAGGCUGCAGCUUUGCAUGUGAUCACCAGGUUUGACACGUCCUCCGGUGAUCUGAUUUGGAAGGAAAGACCUACCUGAUGUUUCAGAUGCUGACCGUCUGACUGCUGAGCCCACGGACAACACCUUUUACUCUGAACACCUGUGACUUAGGACGCAGAAUAAACUAAGUACGUCACCAGAGGCGUUUCUGUACAGGAUACUAUACAUUAUGCAGGUCCUCCGUUGUAAUGAUGAUAAUACCCACGUGCCUGUGACACCUCUGGUUCCCAGGGUAAUGUGUGCCCUGAGAGGUAAAACCAGGCUGGCCGGGGGGGAAAUCUUAGACAUGCAGAACCAAUCAGGGCCUUGAAAGAUCAAUUAUUAACAAAAGCUAUAAGGAUAAUGUCAAAAAACUAAACAUUUCCCUCCCUUUGUGCAGUCUGACAGCUGGAUCAGACAGGAGUGGUAUGAACGUGUUGAUAAGCUGAAAUUCCUGAGGAAGACCCUGCUGCUGCAAAGGUGUGAUGGCUGAGAGCCGAGGGUGCAAAAGGCCUUCAGUCCAGGAGAGAAAGCAGAGCUGUACAGAGGAUAGAUGCGCUAAUCGCAUGACCGUGUCUUCAGUAGCAAAUAUGAAAUAUGUAGGGGCCUUUUUCUCAUCGUCGGGGCCAUGCUUCUCUCUGGGGGGCUGUGUUGUGUUCGUAUCUAGCCCCUCUGCUGCGACUGCAUUCAGGUAGAAAGCUAGGAGGGUAGUAGCUGUCACACACACAGAGCUUUAACUAGUAAAAUGUACCUCUGGAUCUCUGAUUCAGCUCACGUAUCUCCCUCUAUACACGUUUUAUAUACAUAUUCAUGUGAGUGUGUCUGAAUUAGGAUGUUAGUUUAUCUGAAACAGGUGGAAUGAUCCUGUUGGUAGGAGGAGAAAGCCUUGAAGUUAAACUAAGCUCCGUUUUAUUAAUGCAAACUAUACCUCAGUCACCUGUGGAGCUGUACCGAGACACAGAACAACAUCUGCUUCAGCAGCAGUAGGAAAAGAGUGUCUAAAGCGAUUUAAUGCCUAUUUUUCUAUACAUAUUAAAUAACCGGUGCAUGUGUUAAUAUGAAUUAGAGGGUUUUAAAGGGACUGAGUAGACAGACAGCUGCUGUGACUCUGAAGCUUUUAGCAGUAACUGGGACUUUGAACAAUUCAAAACUAAAACAAGCUUUUAAAAAUAAUCCGUUUGAAAGGUCUGAUGUAUUUAAUCCCACAUCCUGAAGUUUAGGGAGCAGCUUUUUAAGACAACAGCCAUUGAUGAUCCUCUCUAGCCUGCUUUAGGUGAAACGAGGGGCUGCUGGUUGGCCUUGUGUAUCAGAUACAUCGAUAUUUAAAUGGUUUAUCUGCUUUAAGUGCUGUACUUUCAUUUCACCAACACAUCAAAUGCAGCACUACAGCAAACAGGGUUAGGGCGGCCUGGUGACGGGCUGGACUCUCUUCUCAACACCAGACACCCAGAUAGUCAGACUUAUGUCUUGUAUCAUCUCGCAGCCCACAGCGUCUCUCUUCACUGCAGCCUGAAGCCAGGGGCCGCUCGAUUUAAGGACGUUUCUUGAUCGAGCUCCACAAAUCUGCUUGCCCAUCUUUUCCAUCAGCGUGCAAUGUCCCCGCAGCCCACCCGUGCAUCCUAACCACUGUGAUUCGUCUGCUAAACAGACCUAAUAAACCGUUUUAUUUUCAUUGAUUAUAUCCUGAUUGGCACUGCCAGCUCGCCGGUGCAGAUGUAGGACCGGACAGGUGGAUCUGAGUAAAUAGAUUCAAAGGGCUGUUUUAUAGUCACACACAAAUCAAAAGGAUCUCUAAUGAUUCAAAAACCAGGAGUAAUUUUUAGUUCAUCUGACAGAAGGACUAGGGUAUUUUAUAAGUGCAUCACUCGAGAUGUAACAGGCACUACCACAUGGUAAUCACUCCUGUUGUAAACAUGGUGAUGGGUUUGGGGACGUGCUACUGCACACAGAGAGUAACGCAGUGCUCGCUACAGCGGUUUCUGGAGGCUUCAGGGCUUCAGGUUUUGGUAAACGGUUUACAUCAGAAAGGAAACCCGAGGCACAAAACCGAGAACACGUAAGAGCAGCUUCACAAGACCAUCUGAGUCUAGACCUGAACCUAAAGGUCUGAAAAGUCUCCAGCGUGGCUCAUUAGAUGAUAAAAGCCAUAACUUCAUUCAUUCAAUCAAUUUAUAGCAAGGAUGAAAUACCGUGCAACCCUGAUUUAGACCUACCAAAUACUACUGACCAAAGUGAAAACAGUGUUUUGUGUUUAGUAAAGCCUUACAAGGUCAGGACCACGAACACAACAUGAUGGCUCCUUUCCCCUCAUUAAUGACACGAAUCCCUUUAAAUGAGCUUAGCUAGUAUUCGCUUGUGUCUGCAAAGUCUGUCUCAACUUACUGAUCAGAAUGAUCCCUUUAAUCAUAACAGGCCUACACAAGUGAUGCCAUCAUCUGGCAUGUAAUGAACACGUACUUUCAGUUUGACUGUAAAUGUGUAAAUCUGUGUUCUUUCUGCCGCGGCGUCGUGUACGGCUGAUGGUUGAGGCCUGCUGGGGUUAGGCUCCUCUUUGCUGUGACCACACUGGGACUGGCUGCACAGAUGUGAGCAGAUGUUUUAAUGAACUAUGCACACGUCUGCUGCUUCUACCGUCAAUGGCAUGUGAAAUCAAAGCGCUCACACAGGAGUCUGAAUUAUCGCGCCGUGCGCUCUGAUUUGAAAUCCUCUGAUUGACGGUGUAUAACCCAGGUUUGUGAUUGAGUCCAUGUUCACGGGAGGUGCAGUCAUGUUGUUGUUCUGCAGGCUCUCUCUGGUCCUUCAUGUUACAAUAAGACGAUCAUGAUGUUCAUCCCAGAGAAAACCAGGAGCUUUACAUGGGUGUUGCAUUCAAGGACGCUGCUGACUUUCUGCAAAAUGAGAAAAGAAAAAGUGAACGUUGCAUUUGGAGACAUGACGGACAGUUGCCUUGGAUUGUUUCAUCCACAGUUAUCUCCUUAUCACAGGCUUCUAACUGAUUACCCUGUAAUGUUGUUACUUUCUGAAAGAAAACUGCAUUUAUUCAAAGUUAAGAUGGUUUGUAAAAGCAUAGAAUUUGUUGUUUUUUCCAUGGAGCUAAAUAAUAAAUUCUAUGUUACAAAAAUAAAGAAAGCAACCAACCUUUGUUUUAUUUUCAUGAUGAUGCCCGCAAAGACAUACGUGGGCGACGGUGGCACAGGAGUUAAGCGCUCGCCCCGUAAUCGGAAGGUUGCAGGUUCGAGCCCCGCUCAGUCUGUCGCUGUCUUUGUGUCCUUGGGCAAGACGCUUAACCCACCUUGCUGCUGCUGGUGGUCGGAGGGACCGGUGGCGCCUGUGUUCAGCAGCCUCGCCUCUGUCAGUGCGCCCCAGGGCAGCUGUGGCUACAUCGUAGCUCAUCACCAUCAGUGUGUGGAUGUGUGUGUGAAUGGGUGAAUGACUGAUUGUGUUGUAAAGAGCCUUGGGGGGUUCCAUGACUCUAGGGGGCGCUAUAUCAAAUACAGGCCAUUUUAAUGAAAUAUUAACGUAUGAAAAUGCCAUCUGUGCUCAGCUCUGUUUGUUCUUCUGCAUUAAGCCAUUUCAGUGCAUAACAAACCGGUGGCUUGUUUGGGGCUGCAGGGGUGUGACAACAUGGCUCUGUACUGAGUCAUCAGCAAAAAAAAACUAAACCAUUUCAACCAUGUUUAUCAGUAGAAACCGCAAGAAAUCAAUGAUAACGUUCACACACUCUGGGGUCCGUGAACUCAGAUAGAUUAGACCAAAGUCAGACACGUUAGGGUUUAUCUCAGAUAUCAUUAUGAGAGGAUGUGUCUCGGAAAAUAUAAAUCUAUAGAAAUGAGCAAGGCAAGAAGAAUCCGUUCCAGCUCUAAAGACUCUGACUUUUUUAUGUAAGAAAGACAAAUGGAAAUCUUCGUGUGAUUGCAAACGACUGAUAAACUCUGGAGUGGCAGUUUGUUUUAUUUGUGUUGCAGAAUGAGCAUACAUUUGUCAUGCAAAAGUCCCUGGAGGAAACUGGCCUCAAGAAGAAAAUAGUGCAAAUCCUAAAUAACGGAAGCACGAAAAUGUCCUUAAAACCACCUUCAUAGAGUGGUGAGCUCUCCAUCUGAACCUAGAAGGACUUGGUCUAAGACUCCGAGUGCCAAUCAAACCAAAUCAACAUGAAACCAGGAAAAUGUUCUUUUUCUGACAUCUGGUGGACAGUGCCGCUAACUGCCACGGGUACUCGGAUUAAAACAGACUAGCUUUAUAUUUUAUAUAUAUUUGGGAGAACAUCCUACAGUUUGGUGUGCCGCACUGCAGACAGGAUGAAACAGCACGUGAGCAAAAAAAGUCGCUAAAGUGUACAAUUUAAUAAGAUCUACUAAUAAAAGUGACGCUCCUGCGUACAAAACCCUCUUCUUAUGGCAUGGGU